CUUCAACUGGGCGGAGUCUGAGUGCACAUUGUUUAGUGUUUUCGGCUUGGGAAGGAGAGAGAGAGAAUGGUCAUAUCAGUCUGUGUGAAGGGUCGGUCGACAAGGAUCGUGUCAGACUACAAAUGAUGAAACAUCGUGAACGGAACACUACACCGACUCAAAUUCCUAAACCCAACCGCGAGACCGAAUCGAUGAUUAUGGCCACCGCUGACUCAGCAGUGAGAAGUUUAUCAGAAGUCGAAAAAUACCUUAACAGCCGGAACGAAAUGGCUGAAAGGAGCAGUGGCGAAGGGAACAGCCUGAACAUUCCGGAGUCAAUGUGUCGAGGCAGCUCAGAGAACAACCUAGAUCUAGAUCUGAGCGGCAUCCCAGACUCCCAACGCUACCUAGACUCCUCCCACCGCAGCUUAGACUCCUCCUACCGCUCCCUGCCCCCCGGACUCAACAGCCUGCAGCAGAAGAUCCUCCGGGUGACUGAAGAGUUGAAGAUUGAGCAGGAGGCUCGUGACGACAAUGUGGCUGAGUACCUGAAAUUGGUGAACAGUGCCGACAAGCAGCAGGUGGGACGCAUCAAGCAGGUGUUUGAGAAGAAGAACCAGAAGUCAGCCCACAGCAUCGCCAACAUGCAGAAGAAGCUGGAGCAGUAUCAUAAGAAGAUGAAGGACAGCAGUGAGAAGGACGCCAGCUCCAAACACCACAGCAGUCCCAAGGAGACCUCCAAGGACAGGCUGAGUCUCACCAACGUGAGCAGUGGUAGUGGCCGACACCCCACGGACAAGAUCAAGACUGUAGGGCCUGGCGUCUCACUCUCACCGCCAUUCUUCUUCAGCAAGCCCCGGGACUUUGCCAACCUCCUCAGGAACAAGUUUGGCAGUGCCGACAACAUCGCCCACCUCAAGACCUCCCUGGACACGCCCAAUUCCUUCCGCUGUGAAGGCACUGGGCGGGCCCUGAGCGGCAGUGCCACCAUCGGGGAUGGGAAGACCGCGACCCCCGCCGCCACAACGACCCCCAAGUACACCAGCGACGACGAGUGUUCCUCUGGCACGUCCCUGUCUGCGGACAGCAACGGGAACACCUUGGCUCAUGGGGUUGGCCUGGGUCUAGAAGGGGGUUCGGGGGCUGCAGUGACUCCUGGACAGAGCCUGGAGGUUGGGGACGGCCAGGGGAGGCUUGACAUGACCAUGGAGGAGGUGAGAGAGAUCAGGGAGACCCAGGGGCAGCUGGAGGAGGACAUGGAGACACUCAGGACCCAGUUCAAGAAAGACUACGGUUUCAUCACCCAGACGCUACAGGAGGAAAGAUACAGGUAUGAGCGGUUGGAGGACCAGCUGAAUGACCUGACAGAGCUCCACCAGGCGGAAACAGCCGACCUGAAACAGGAGCUGGCAAGCAUCGAGGAGAGAGUAGCCUACCAGGCCUACGAGAGAGCCAGGGAUAUACAGGAAGCUCUAGAGUCGUGUCAGACGCGGGUCUCUAAACUAGAGCUCCAGCAGCAGCAACAACAAACUGUACAGCUCGAGUCCAGUGACGCCAGGGUGCUUCUGGGUAAGAGCAUCAACAUCAUGCUCGCCCUCGUCACCGUGAUCCUCGUGUGCGUCUCCACGGCCGCCAAGUUCGCCGCACCCCUCCUGAGGAGCCGACGCCACGUGAUGGGCACCUUCCUGGGCAUGUGUCUGCUGGCGCUAUUCUGGAGGAAUUGGGAGAAUUUUCAGCGUGCUAUGGAGAGUGUCCUGGUGUCAGCCUAAUGCUGUCCACAACCACACACAGCAACAAAUGAUCUCCGGGCGGAUCUCAGAGCGCAGAACAUCAAAAUAGUAUAUUUAUAAGUGAUUAGAACCUACAGUGGUGAGGUUCUACAGUAUAGCGUUGGUCCUGGUGCUGCCUGGUGGGGGAGAAUGGAUCUGUGAAAACAUGGUCACAGACUGGUUAAUCUCACCAGCCAGAAUAACACU